AUGGGCGGACUUUGUUUUGACUCCUCCAAGAAUAUUUACAAGGCUGUGAUGUUUCCUUUAGAGAAGUUUGUUAUGGUUGCUAGUCUUAAGGAGGACGACAAAACGUGGAGGAGAGUCGAUUUGCCUUACGAUGAUGUCCCCUCAGUGAAAGAUGGGAUUACGUUUCAUGGACGACUUCACUGUAGGAUAUAUUCAUAUGAAAAUCCUUAUAGAGUUAUUACUUUUGAUCCCAUCUCUGAAAAUUUCGAUUUGUUUCCAAUUCCCGAGCCGCCUAAGCAUAAACACUUUAAUUGUGAAAUAGGUGGUUUAGGAGUUUUAGAUGAUUGUCUUUGUAUGAGUCGUGGUUUUAUUUGUGAUUAUGAUUACGGCAUUGAGAUAUUGGUCAUGAAGGAAUAUGGAGUAAAGAAAUCAUGGACAUCCUUAUUUUUUAUAAAGAACCGAUGCUUUGAUCCUCAUGGAGAGUUUGCAGUAUUGCCCAUUACCGCCGCAGACAACGGAGAAGUUGCUUUGCUAAUUAACGCUCAUAAAACUGAACUUGUUAUAUGCAAUCCUAAGAAUGAUAAAAUGCGAAAACUUUUUCUUGUCGAGUAUAUGAGUGGUUGUAUAUCAGCCUUUACCUAUACGCUAAACUUGAAAGAUACAUUACUGUAG